UUUUGCAUAAUAUUUAAUGUGAUUAAGUAAUAAGUGAUUUUAAAUGUUUGUGAACAAUAGUUAGCUAUUAUUUUUAUUAAUCAAUUAUUAUUAUUAUAUUUUUUUCAAAUUACCUCAUAUAUACUGUAUAUUUUGUAAUCUCAUUAUUUGAUAAAUUAAUAAACAAUUUUAUUGACUUUUAUAUAUAAAAUUAGACAACAAAACAAUCACAACAUGAUAUUCAUAGCAUUAUUUACAUUAGCCAUAAUUAUAUGGUUGGGUUUGGCAUCGGUAGGUCACGACUUUUAUAUACAUCAACGCUAUGUCGAAAAACUGUUGCAACUGUUUGAAUACGGCCGCAAACGGGCCGACAUUGUUGAGGUCAAGAUUAAGGAAAGACAGAGAAAGAUCAGUCGACUACAGAUACAGUCGUACGAACCGGAAAGUGAUGAUAACGACGAAGACAAGGAACUGGAGGUCAGUAAUGACAAGAGUCGAGAUGGUAUUAACAAUGAGGAAGAGGACGAUCUAUUUGAUCCAUUUCAUGUACAUAAGUCAGCAAAUGUUGGCAAUAAUAUCGGCAAUAUAUUUGACAAUCGACGGCACCGUACGAUGAGUUUGUCAAUAAAUCAGGAGAAAAAAGAGUUCAAUUUGGCCGACAUUUACGAGUUUGUCCGAACAGGUGUCAAGGCUAUGGUCGACGACGAAGUGACCAAACGGUUUGCAGCAAAAGAGUUGCCCACUUGGAACCUAUUGACCCGAACCGACAAGUUUUAUCACUACAAUUCACUCAGACUGGCCUUAAUCUGGUGGUCGGGACUACUGUUUCGAUACCUGUUUUUAUUUCCGCUAAGAUUUACGAUAACCUUUUUGGGGGUCAGUUGGCUGGUUUUCUGUACCGGUUUGAUAGCACAGAUACCGAACGGUCGGCUCAAACGUUGGGUCUAUUAUAGGGUGUCAAUAAUGUGUUUUCGAGUACUGUCCCGCGGCUUUUCGGGUCUCAUUACGUAUCAUGAUGUCGAAAAUCGGGCAAAAUCUGGCGGCAUAUGUGUGGCCAAUCAUACGAGUCCCAUUGAUGUAGUCAUAUUACAUUGUGAUAACUCAUACGCACUGGUAGGUCAAACACACGGCGGAUUCCUUGGUAUUUUACAGAGAGCAUUGGCCAGAGCUACACAUCACAUAUGGUUUGAUCGGUCAGAGAUGACCGAUAGGCUAGCCGUUUCUCAUCGGCUUCAAGAGCACGUUCAGGACACGUCUAAACUACCGAUACUGAUCUUCCCUGAGGGCACCUGUAUUAACAACUCGGCAGUUAUGAUGUUCAAAAAGGGGGCGUUCGAAGUGGGCGGCACUAUCUAUCCGGUGGCCAUCAAAUAUGACGCCCGAUUUGGCGAUCCUUUUUGGAAUUCAAGUAAAUACGGUUACGUAAAGUAUCUGUUAAUGAUGAUGACCUCGUGGGCCAUAGUGUGCGAUGUCUGGUACUUACCGUCGAUGACACGCAGUCCGGACGAGUCGUCCACUGAUUUUGCUCAACGAGUUAAGGCACAGAUAGCUUUGAAGGGAGGUUUAGUUGAUCUCGAAAUUGACGGUCAACUUAAACGCCAAAACGUAAAGCCCGAGUGGAAGGCCAGACAACAGUUGCACUACAGUAGGCGUAUCAGUGUUGGUAUCGGUCCCUAUAGUAAUACAAAUAAUACUAAUAAUAUUGUUAAUAAUAGUAAUUUACAUAAUAAUAAUAUUACUGUUGACAAUAGGAUUAGUGGUUAAAUUUAUGUUUUAAAUAAUAUUUAGUUAUUAAUGUUAUAUUUACU